AUGAUAUUAUACUAAAGAUCGAAGCAGGUAUAGGAGAUUUUGUUGUAUUUCCAUCUUAGAUUAAACAAAGCAAUGGUUUAUUCAAUCUUUCAGAUAUUAUGUAUAUCUACGGAAGGUUAGGAUAAGAGCUUAAAAUAAGACUUACUUCUGAUUUUAACUACAUUCCUAACUAUGACCUGUAGGGAAAUCUAAUCAAUAUUUAUUAGAAUAUUUAUUUUGAGCUAAUUUUUUAGUUUAGAUAAUUAUGUCCUUAAGGUACUACUCUUUUAAAAGAUAAUUACAAAAAAGACAUUUGUAUCAAUUGCCCUACUGGUACAUUUAAUUUAGCUGAUGGUUAAAACUGUGUUAAAUGUCCUUUUGUAUGUAAGAAUUCAUAAUUAUUUUUACCUUAAGGUUAUUGGAGGUAUUCUUUAAUGA